AUGGCAUGGAGUAAGUUAAUACGCAAGUAAUUAUAUUGAACUUUUUUUCUCAAAGUCAUGACUGCGGAAAAACUGACCGUUGCUGAUUUCGAGGCCCUCAUAGAACGUGGCUGGAGAAGGUAGGUCUUUCUGAUUAGACCAGGAGUUACACAGCCGUCUCUCUUUCCCUCCAGAACUGGAAACGCCUGUUUCCAGCCGACUAAUUCAAUCAACUGUUGUCCCUGCUACGCCAUUCGAUGCGAUACCCUAAACUUUAAACCCUCCCGCUCACAGCGAAGUGUUCUCACUGAUAUGGUGAACUUCCUCAACACGGGCAAAAAGAGUGAUGGAGAGCGCAUUGCUAGCACGAGGGCAGCAGAGGAGGACCCCUUGCUGGUGGAGCUCAGGAACUCCUACACCUCGGUGGAUGGAGAUGCCUGCGUCAAAUUUCGUAAGUUACACUUUCUUUUUCAGACGCACCCUUCCGAUUCACGUCACUUAUAUUCUCCACUGGCAUUUGAGUCCAUUCAAAUUAACAUGUACCGAUCACACUCAUACAUAUAAGUAUUGACUGGGAGUAGUUGAUCGGCCAAUCAAUCUCAUUUUCUUGACGUCUAGCAGUUGCGCCUGUUCUGGCAAUCAGCAAAAUGAAACAGCGCGAGUGACUAUGGUUCUGUUUUCUGAGAUAUCCCUCCACCCUAGUACGUAUUUGCUGCUGGCCUCCAUGUGAGUUAACAGACGACGAAAGGUCCCCCCCGACGCCCGGGGACAAAAGGUACAGUCUAGCGUAGCGUUGCUGAGUGCGGAAAUAGAUCAUACACCCAUCUUUCAUUGACCUUUAUCUAAGAGGCAUCUUUGGAAUCCCGAGCAGCCUUCAAAAGCCAGGAUUUGCCUAACUGAGAGAACAACCUGGGCUAGCUGGCUAAAGUACUGCGUUGUUAGGAUAUGUGUGCUGACGUCCUCAACCAGCAAGCUCUGUUGCACCGGAAUUUUCGCCAACGUAGUAAGCUUGGGACCGUCUGACGCCCUGCUGAGGCACACGAGACGUUGACUGAAUUUUUGACUUCUGAAAAUAACAACUUGAUCCGAAUAGGCCUGCCUAACAUGGCUUGCGAUUACUGCUUUCCUGCACUUUCAGGUAGAUCCAGACAACGCACCAUCAGCCACUUUCGAGAGGAGGCCCCAGACUCGGGCAUCUGUCUGGUAGGCGAGGAUGAGGACUCCUGGCAGAAGCUGUCGACGGAAUCGGAUCAAAAAGAGAGUGGUGAUCAGCGCAGCGGAUCCUCCAAACGCAAGCGAUGGAAGGCUCUUCAGGAAAAAAUCUACCUUCGCAGUGUCCGCGAGGGCGUACCGUAUGCAAAGCUGAUGGCAGUAAGUCUGAGCUUUUUCAAAUUCCUUAGAAAUAGACUUAUCGCAAACCGUAAAGUCACUACCAGCAAAGCAUCACAAAGGAAUAACCAUAAAUAUGCAGUUUUAAAAAAUUGAGCAAAAUACAGGCGAUUAAACUUUUGCAGCAGGUCGUUCUUGAUGAGGGGACUUGGUAGAAAGAAACCUCCACAAUUAGCCGACAAAUUGCAAACCCUUCUUAGCACUGCCUCAACGCCUGGCUGUUAUUUCCUGAUUAUGACGUCAAAAUUAGUUCCAGUUGAAUUAUUAAGGUUAAACGGACAACGGUAUAGAGAAGGACCCCAGGUAACUGUCAGUAGACUGUGGAUCGCGCCAUAUGAGGUUUUAUUUUGACAUACAUUUGCAGGCUGUUGCAGAAAUUGCACUACCACCAACGAUUACUUCCCAUGGCAUCACAUCUUAACUUGAAAUCCGCAAUUUUGGGAAAUUGACUUUUUGUUUAUUGUUGAAUUACUACUAGCGUAGGAUAAGACUUUAGGCAUAAAUCCAGUUAAUUUCGGUCUUGUCGUUCAUUUUGGCAGCUUACUGUCCAGUGUGCUGUCCCACCCAUAAAACUCCAUUUACAAUAAAUCCCGUAUGGCACGAUCCACAGUCUCAUGGCAGUUAAGCGGGGUCCUUCUGUAUACCGUUGUCGAUAAAAGCUCUGAGACCCGAGCACUGGUUCAAAGAUCGAUCUCAUGAAAUGUUAAUCGAAAUUCUGAAAUGCUUUUUCGAUUUGGAAGGAGUAGUUAAGCGAGUCUGUAAUACCGACUAUCCUACUGCGUACUGCCGUGAUAUUUCGGGCACACUCGGCCGUUGACUUUUAAAUGCAUUUCUUUUCAACCGUCUGAAAAACCGCAUUAAUUAAAAAAUGCCUACUUAAGUAGCAAGCACUUCAUCAUCGAUUUCCCAUGCUCAAAUAGGGAGCAGAAGCAAACUCUCGAUUUCCACAAGAGUCUUACCAAUAUCCUUCCGCCUAGCAUGUUGUUGUUUUUUCUGGUUUUUUUCAGGAAUACUUUGAGCGACGACAGAAACGGUUAGCAAAGAACAAACCCAAAGAGAUGGAAGAAAUUUUGGAACAGAUAAAACCGAAGGGAGAAGCCAAGCACUUCAUUGAGGUGAGUGUUUCAUCCUGCGUUUGCGAAAUUGGUGUUUGCACUUUUUGCAGAUAGUUUUUCAACUAAUGGAAGGACAGACAAGAAACGGAUAGCAUGCUCUUCCACAGCAGUUUUAAGAGCACCUAUACGGUCCUAAACUGCUGAGACCUUUACACAGCUCCAAACUCCAUGUGCACUAAGCUGAAAAGUUGGCAGACUGAAUGCUUGAGAUACCAUCGGCACCUUUUUAAAGAGAUUUCCAGAACUCCAUGUUUACGUCACUCUACCUAAACUACGGUUCUCGCAAAAGAAUUAUCCUCACGCCUUGUGCUUAUUGACUUCCUCCAACAGCUGUGAAACCAACAGAGUUUAGGAUGUUUGAAAAGAACUCUGCUUGCCACUUGAACAGAAGAAAAAACCCGUCGUUCUCUCACGGUGGCUGCUGGACUUGGUGCCCUCAUUUUACAAGUAGCAAAAUUGAUCUACUUCUUACCCUAAGUAAAGUUCUGCUUCUGAAAAGGCAGCAAAAGUAAGUUUGGAAAAGGCCUUCGACAAAGUCUCCAAAUUCAAGCCCGUGGGACAGUCUUGAAAGUUAACAAAUCUUACCACCACAUCGCAUGCGUAGGCGAAUGUAAGUCGAAAGAGAGACGUGUCAAGAUAAGUGUGUCUGUAAGUAGAUUCCAGCCUUUCAAGGCAUGCAGCUCACCAGCCCUUCGCAUGUCUGCACCCAACAGAUGCGCCUCUGUCCAUUAAAUCCGCGGACAGCGGAACUGGAGAAGGUUUUGCGUCAGGAGUUCGAUAUCUACAAGCGGUACUCGGAUCGCGUGCAUGGAACCGUCUACAAGGAGUCGGACUACGACAUCUUUGUGCAGGCUCUGGUCAACUCCCCGAUAAUUGUAAGUUUAUUUUCACUUUCGAGUCCACAAAAAUAACCCCCCCCCUCGGAAGAUAGAUAUAAACGCCGUCGCCUUGUACUGCCUACAGCAAGAAGAUACCGGCGCGGGCAAAAAUUCGCAACUUCCCUCCUUUGGCUCCUUCCAUCAGCAGUACUGGCUUGACGGGAAACAGUUGAUAGCCGUUGGAGUGAUUGACAUCCUUCCGAGCUACGUCUCCUCCAGUUACUUCUUCUAUGACCCUGACUUCGAAUUUCUGCAUUUAGGAACCUACUCAGCGAUGCAGUGAGUCUCUUGCUGAAUUUUUUUGAAUGCGCUUUCAGAAGAUGUUUUUCUAUCGGUGGAUGUAAUGAUGUGGGAAUUGUACAAAUGCUUUCGGGAUCAUAAGAACAAAUUCACAUGUGCGGGAUAGAUAUUAACACCUGCCAGAGAGACUGGAAUGACCACUUUGUCUCUCUAAGUAGCCCUCUUCAGCCAGUCGUACCUGAACCCCGGGCUUUGAAUGAUCAGCUAUUAGAACUCGGAUAAUUUGGUCACGGGAAGUCAAGUUCAACGCUAACCGCCACGCGACCACAUAAGAGGGCUAUAGAUUCAGUUCCGAGGCGCAAAAGGACGAUCACUUCUUGGAGUGUAAGCGGAUCGGCAAACAACCCACUCAAAUGAGGUCCAUGUAUUGAGAUACGCAGAAAUUCCACAUCAAGUGCAUGUCAAUAGGAAGAAAAAAAUAAGGCGUUGUCUGGAAAAGACAACGUAAUCAUUUGACCUAAGCGGAUGCAUUGUCAACAAUAACCGAUAGAAAAGUUGCCUGUCUCACUUAGCCCUCUUGCUGACUAUGUUUGAUCUCGACAACUUUUCGAGGUAGUUAUGCACUUCUGUGUAGUCUGGUGGUAGGCAGUCUGAGACGGCUAAGGAAGUUGCUGUCGCAUUGUCAGAGAUCAGUCAUGCCUCGGGCUACCUGGAACGUGGUGACGGGCUCAGUUCCAUCUCGUACCGCAACAACAGCCAUGUAUGUUAUCCUGUGUUCAGAACUAUGACAAGUAACGCAACAAAUUUACUCUAAAAUUGACAGUUGAAUUAGAUCGAAUUAUUCCGGUCUUGAGAGCGCUUUAUUGCAGCAAAAUGGCUUAAAGUGCUCUAGAAGCGUUUUCGGACCCUCCGGCAAAAAGAAACAGCGAGUGAACAAUUCUCCUGCUGUUUAACUGCAAUAUUUAUGACCACAACACUUCCUUCUGCGGAGUAAAGGCGUAAACCCAGUAUGCCUGGUUUACAGCGUGUUCUAACAAUAAUUGUUCGUUUUUAAAAUGAAAAUAUAAUUAUCACGGAAAUCUUAGUUUCGCGCAACAAUAUUAGCCUUUUAGAUGUCUUCGAUCUUCAUGCAAGUACGCAAUUGGAGACCAACCGCUAGAUGAGUGACAUAGCUUACUUUACAUAUACAGAUCUAACAUGUACCACAAAAAUAACAAAGGCCACCUAGGGUACACUCCUCUCAUUAUUGGAAUAAUUGGAUGCAGUUUUAAGGCGGUUAGUUACGCGGGUAAAAUAACGACGAAAUUCCCCAGUGAGAGACGAAUUCACAGAAGGAGCAUACAACAGCAAAUCAUCCGCUCUGCCCAUCGCUUGCAACGCUCAGCAACACAAACGACCGUCACUGUAAUAAAAGUGGGCAGUUAUAACCAAACCAUGGAUUUUGGGGCUCUUGAAACGUUUCAUCCCUCUCACCCGAAGCACAACUUUGAAGUAACUUUUCUUGUACGGGAGGUUUGACCACAGACAACCUUCCAAACUAAGCAUGAUUUUGAAAUCCAAACUGUCCACACCAAGGCAGGCGAAUGCCUAACGGUCCUCUUACGACAGAAUUCCGGACAGGUUUACCUAAUUAAAAGAAAAGACAGGUUUUCUUUGAUUAUGGUUUACACAAAUUCGCGGACCAUUGUUUCUCAAUGCCGGCCUCCAAAACCUCCCUCCGUUGACAAUGAUGACACAUCAGUUGCAGUUGUUUUGCGCAUGGUGCUCGUUCGCGUUUUUGAUUCCAACUAGUGAGUGCCUAGAGGAAACCCUCGCUGCAUUAUGUUAUUAUUUUUUAAAGAUUCUCCUUCCGGUUAAACAGUCUGAAAUGUUAUUCGACCCUUUUCGGAAAUGUGUGCAAUGAAUCAGAAUGAUUGACGAGGUACUUCUUAUCUAACUUUAUACAGAGAGAUCCAGAUGGUCCGGAAUAUCUACCGUCUCUACGGACCAGAAAGUCGGAAGCCCGUUCCAGCCCUCGCCGGAUUCAAGUACUACACCAUGGGCUUUUACAUCCACUCCACGGAUAAGAUGAACUACAAGGGCAGAUUUUCCUCCUCCUACCUUGCCUGUCCUGAGUCCCAUACCUGGUAUCCGAUCGAGAAGUGUCGACCACUGCUCAACGUCAAUAAGUACUCCCGCCUUUCACCUCCGCAUAUCCCUGAUUCCCAGACUACCAGUAAACUUUCAACGGAGGAACUCCUUCAGCGACUGAUCUUCAUAUUCCUACGCUCCUCGCCGCCCAGCAGUAAGAUCCCCGUUCUGGAGAAACUACGGUUGGCACUGACAAAGAAGAAGGGGACCGAUAAGGAGGCAAUUCUGAUGCCUCUGGCAGAACUCAGUCUCUUUACUAAUAAGGAACUUGUUGAAAUGAUUGUGGACUGGUCUGAUGCCGCAGGUCUUAUCUCUCUGGACGGCCGGAUGCUGGUGAACUACGUCUGGUGA